AUGAGUACAAACAUUAAUUAAGUAAACAACAACUUUGCGUCAAGCGGAAAUAAAAAGUAGCAAAAUCUAAUUAGUUCAGUCUUAGUCAACAAGCAAAAAGAAGACAACAUGAGUGGAUAAGGAGUAACAAUUGGAAAUAAGCGUCCCUUUGAUCAGUAAAAACCUCACAAAAUGUAUCAAAUAAACAAGAUUCAUGAGAUGCUUAAAGGAUUUCCUAUUCAACCAGUAACAUAGCAAUUGCCUCAAACUCAAAAUCCAUAUCAAUUCCUGAAUGAUGCACUUAAUGUAAGAGGGGUAAGGCGGAAUCAGGGUUCGUCGCACAUGGGAGGAUAUUUAAUGAAUAACGGAGGACUAAGGAACUCGCUAAAAUGA